AUGUCUAACAACCCCUCCGACAACAACGAUCCACUCGGUAGGUCCUUAACUCUAGGCAAUCCUGGCGACACUCCAGAACCCCGUAUGAUCUACAACGGACGUCGUGUGGUCGUCGAAGCCUACAUUGAAAACCUGAAGAACAAAAUCCCAGAAAUAAAGAGCACCCUUAUCGCGCUGAACGACACAAUCUCACAGAUGGCGAGUGACCCCACCGUUCCGCCAGUAGUCGUUGCGCGCUUGAGAAUCGGAGUUUCUCGGCAUUUUGAACGCACCGUAACUCAGCAGGAUAUGCUCAGAAACCUCGAGGAGCAGUAUAAGGAACUCGUGGAUGAAGAAAACGAGGAGGUGAAGUAG